ACAUCCGCCGUUAAACCUGAAUUAAAAAAAAAAAAGAUAAUACUGUCAAGGGAAGAAAUUCGUCUUAGUCUAAAUAUGGCAACAAGGGAGCGAACCGUGACAGGUUAAUUGUUCAUUUAAAUCCUUCAAACACUACCUGGAGUCUAAGAAUUAGAGUGGUCAUUUCGAGAAGGCCUUUGAGAACAACAACGGCGUUCUACAAAAGUUUGUUUUUGCCCAUUGUAGUGUUUUAUGGUGAAGUGGCUCUAUGUUACCAACUAAGUGUCUUUCCUCUGUUUCUAAGGACUUCUUUAUGAACCGAUUUCUCCACCAACAAACUUUAGUUGUGUCUAAUUAAGGUUAUGUGAAUAUGCUAUGAUAUCAGGCCGUAUUUCCUCCUGGAUUUAUCCAUUUCUUAUAGAGUAUGCGAUUCGGGACUUUUAUAUUUAUUGUGAACUGCAUGUUGUGGUCAGCUAGCUGGACAGCGGUCAUUCGACCGGGCCUCACACGCAUCGAAGAUGUUUUCAACUCCGAUUGUGUCAGUCCGAGACGUCAAACAAUCAUAGCCACAGGUGACCCCCAGACCACAAUAGCCAGCUUCUCAGAUGACCACCUGUCUCCAAAUUUAACAAGUGAGAGAUCAGAAUGCGAUGUCUGGACCAUCAAGUCCGAAGCUGAACGCGAGGAGAUCAUUUUUGUUAUUGUCAACAGCCUUCACCUUGGCGCUGAGAGUCAAUUCUUGAUUUUUGCAGAAGUACCAGAUGAGGGUCUGCGCUACGACUACAACAUCACCAAACAAGAUUCUGAGCUUUUUCCUAAGACAAUUAAGUCCCUCAGCCCAGUCAUCCUUGUAUGGAUACAGUCUCCAGUUGUUGAGACCAGCAAUGAAUUCAGUAAACAAAGGCUAGCAUUCACUUACUGGACACGAGAAACCAAAUCUUUAAUUGAGGAAAAAGAAAACGUGGUACUAAUGGGCGCCAUCGUGAUCUCCAUUUUCACAGUCAUUGCCACGAUUCUGAGUCUGACCAGAGCCACGAAAUGUCAUUGUAUUAAAAAUUCUUGGACACGUCUGCAAGCACGGAAACGAGAUCGCUAUUCAAAUGGAAGAAACACUCGAAACAACAGAAGCGCCAGGAGUCAUCCAGGAGAGACACUUUCCCUGAUGACGGUUAAUGUGACAAAUGACAACACGACAUCCAGCCGUCUAGGUGUCCAAACUAAUCAGUUCCCCCAUUGCCGUUCUGAAAACGGAACGGAACACGGGUCGUCCGAGGUGAGCGUUCCCGGACAAGAGAACACGGACGUUGCAUCGCAAAGCGUAAUGCGCUCUGAGGCAGCCACUUCUUUCUCUUUAACAACAAGUGAGAGUAAUGACUUACAGAGAACUACAGAGAGGGAUACGGCGAACGGCCAAUUUAGCGACGUAGCACAUUGCCCAACAAUGUCAGCUUUAAUUGGUCUUCUGCCUCCCGUUUAUGACCCCUCGACGCCAAUGCCAUCGUCCUUGACACUUUUCACUUCCCUGCUUCCUUCUAGGUGGCGUAUGCACCGAUCCUCAUCAGUGUUCACGACAAGCGCCACCGAGACUCCUACGCGCCCAGGAUGUUUGACAUCCAUCACAGCCUCUGGAGGAGAGCCCAUAGCGAGGUCGUCCACCUCGAGGCAAUCACUCUCUCCGCAGACAGACAGAGCGCCGUACUUACAUAGUUCAAACACUUACCAUGCUCGAAGUUCGACUUCAGCUGGGUCAGAUUCUUUCCCUGACAGCCCCCCACCUUACGUCGACCUCUCCCCACCAAAUUACUCCACGCUAUUCCCAAGCCAUACGUAACUGGAGUAAAAAAAAAAAUACCCCUCCCCCCACUUCCCAGUAGUCGCAGAUGAUCUCCGUGAAUUUCUGAGCAUUAACGACUGGGAUUUCCUGAUCGUCACCUGGUAGGAGUUUUGUGAUCCACAUCAAUUAAUGAAUUCAGACAAGUCAACAUGUCCACACUGUAUAACAAACGUAUGCAUGGGGAUAACCUACUAUUCUGUCACCAUUGUGUACUUUUGGCAUACAGCAAAAAUCACAGAUAUCUUGCUUGACCAUUUGGCGUACUUUUGGGAUUCAGCGGACAUCACAGAUACCUUGCCUGCACUGCAUUGAGAAUUACAUUCGGAUAACGUGCUAUACUAUAUAGUAACAUAUUUCUCUACAAUGAGUUUGAACCCAAGACUUUCAUGUAAUUUUAUCUCAGCGUCCCGUCACUAAAUCUCUGUGCCACAAAUUUACUCACAGUGACACAGUGCCAUGUGUCUGGCAGACUUGGAUAAACCUCUUGGCUACCUAUCAAAGGGAUCGAGUUCGGGUCCCGACUAGAACUGAGUUGUGUUUACUGAGUGCCCAAAGACAGCACGGAAGCCUUCUCCAAGAUACCCCCUGCCCACACAGAAGGGAUAUGACCACAGCGCACUGUGCAUGCUAUUGUAUAUAAGAGGCGCUAUGCAAAACCAUGUGUCAGUUACACGUGUCGGCGCGUAACAUUUUAAUUAAAUACAUUUAAAGUUUCCCUUUAAGAGUUUUUGAAUUUUUGGCACAUCGGCACAAUUUAGGCAAUGUCGUGCCCGUAAUCCUUCAUAUCCCAAGAGCUAAAUUUAAUACAGUUAGGUCAUUAAAAGCAAGGUCUAUUCACGGUUAAAAUAAUAAAAAUUUAUUAAUUUAAUAAAAAUCUGUUGCAAAUAUUGUAUGUUCACAAUUUCUUUGUCCUAUCACAAAUCAAACCUUCGGAGACAACCCCACCUCCCGGAUAAAGCCCAGUACCUUCCCAGGGUCGACAUUAAGAAAAGAGUACCUAACAUUAUAAAUAUUAAAGAAAACAAAACAUUUAAAAAAAACAUCUGGAGAUGUCAUUCUUCUGGUGAAAAAAAGAAAGGUUCAACUGUAAAUUUAUUUCUACUUUUUGCUUUACAAAAAAACUUCUUUUUGGCGUUCUCUUACGGUAGCGGGGCCCAACAUCUGAAUCUCAAGAUUUUUUAGUAUUUUUAUUAUAUUUGACAUGUGACUUCCUCCCCACACAAACAGAAGAGAGUGAGGCGGGGGAUGUGUGUACUUGUCAGUCCUUUAGCCUGCGGGACUGUCUGGUGGUCAUUAAACGGGCUGCGGGGCGGAUGUAUUUCCAGCAAUUCCCCAAUUUUAAGAUAGAGAAAUCUUGGUAACAAGAGAUGUAACCACUAGUAAGUUCAGGUUACAGAGGUUAAAAUAGGAGUUAUCUCCUUUGGAAAUAUAAUUAUGACUAAAAGAAAAUACUUAACAUUUAAAAACAUAGAUAUGUAAAUGGCGCUCUUAAAACUGAUGCGAAGUUAAUAUAA